AUGUCUAACGAUGAAGAAGUCAUACGUCGGCGACUACUCAUAGACGGUGAUGGAACAGGAGACGAUCGUAGAAUUAAUAUGCUAUUGAAAUCAUUUAUAAAAUGGAUCAACAGUUCCGAUGUGGACAAUACGCUGCACGAAAGAAUGCUGUCGCAAUUAGCACAAUGCGAAUUUGCACAGAAAAAAUCCAGAUUAGUUUCAAACAUGAGUCGAGAAGAAUUAAAAAGCUACGAGGAGCUGUCAAAGGAAAUUGAAGUACAAAUAGAGAAGGCGAAGGAAGACAUUGAGAAAACUAAAGCUGAACUACAAGAUGCCAAACGUGUGAGAAAAAAUAGAAUAGAGUAUGAUGUACUAGCCAAAGUCAUUAAUGAACAACCAGAUCGUUUGGAAACACACAUCAAGCUUGAGACAUUGCAACAAGAAUUAGGCGCUUUAAAGGAAAAAUCAGAACAGUUGGAGCACAAGUUAGAAAUGCGUCGUAAACAAUUCCAUGUUUUAAUAUCCUCCAUACACUCUCUACAAGGAAUGUUAGACGAGGGUGAUGAGGAAGUAAUGGAGGAAGUAAUGUGAGCCUUGAGAAUGACACAAACAACACUGAUAUGCAAAUAUCAUGUGAUAAUUCAUAAAUAUCUACCUCUGUCGUUUCAAGUCGUUUGUAAAAGUCAAGGAUUGUAUGAGAACCACAACUGAUAGUAGUUACAACAGG